AUGUUCUCUCUAGCCCGUCAAUUCUCCGGAGUCCGCUCCAAGCCUCUGCUCUUCACCAGUCAGAAAUUCACCCGAUCGACCCAGGUACCCCACCGCCUGUCCUCGAACUCUCCGAGAUCUUCGCCGCCACGCGCACCCUCCGCCCCUCAAUCCAGCCGCUCCAAUUUCCCAAUCAUCCCAAUCAUCCUCAUAACCGCCAUCAGCUCCGGCGCCUACGUCUAUCUUGUCAAGUCCCGCACCGGCAUCAACACACGCCAAAACUAG